AUGGAUUUGAUCUACGGCAACUUCAUAAGCAAUGGCAAGUCUAUAAUUCGAAAUACUGUGGAAGGUAUGUAGUAAUCUCAAACUCAGCAGUUUCAUGUAUGCUAUGUUGACUUUCUCCUCUCUGUUUGGCCUCCCAGGGAUCGUUCGGUGCCAAGGCGAGAUCAUCCAAGAUCCUCUUGUGGAAGGGUCAGAAGGACAAAAAGUGAAGCUCUCUUGCAAGCACCCUCAGAUUUCAACAGAAACAAUCUUUUGGUACCGGCAGCGCUCUAAUGAGGCUCCUCAUUCCAUAGUAUCUGGAUACAAAAGUAGUGUGUCAAGUGAAAUUCUAGAUGGAGCCAUGAUAAUCACCAGCGACCGAAAGGCCAAUGAAUUCUCCUUCAACAGAGUUACUCUCGAAGAUUCUGGAAUGUACUACUGUGCUCUGAGUGACACAGUACUACAUCCUACUGCCGCUUUUGUACAAUAA